AUGCCUUCUUACGUGCGCGAUAGCGAGAGGACCACCGAUCCAGCGAUUUAUGAAGCUGAUGGGGGCAGCCAGGAUAAUGUUUACGCGGAUACGUCUGGAAACACAUUCCCAGUUCAAGGACCCUCCCCUACGCCUUCAGAGCUGGAAAUUGAAUCUCGGGGGCGCAAGAAGACUCACCAGAGAUCAAUAACCGCCGUUCGAGUGGUCGAUAUGAUAGAUCCGGAAGGAAGCGACCCGCAGAUGGAUGAAGCCGUGAAGGGCGCGUGUCUCGACCAGUUGGCAGAGCAUCAAACUGAGGAGCAACAGUCAGGUCUCAUGACUACGAAAGAGCUGAGCAUGCUCGCUCUGGUAAACGAGUCGGGCAGCUCAAGUGAAAGUAGCUCGACUGUCAUUGCAUCACCGCGCGGGAGGAGAACAAGUCGAGCCAGGAGAGACAGAAAGACCCAGGUCUCACCGACCCUGAGAAUUAAUGCGAUGAACUUCCUAGACUCGGACUCGCCAGUAGUCACAGACGAAAGCAUAAGAAACUCGUUCCAAGGCUCAUCUGCCUUCCCGGCUUUACAUACAUCACCAUCCAGCAAAAGUACGAGUUCGUCGUAUUCGGGCAGCCUGUGCAGUAAUGGGUCUUCUGAAAAUACUGAUCAUGACACCGAUUGGGGCACAAGUCCUGAACAGAGUCCAGCAAAGAAGGGCACCGGUAUCCGCCCGAUUCCUCUGGACGGGCGGCACAAAAGCUACGGCACACCUGAAAUGCCACGAGGAAGUGCAAAUCUCCCACAUAUAUCGCCUGAAGCUUUGACAUCGCAUCCGGCAGGUCGUGCUCAAGUCCACCACGUCAAACAUCUUCCGAGGGCCGAGAGGCUACCUUUGACAGGAUACGAGCAACUCGCCUCCCAACUAGCAGGUCAAGCUUCUAAUCGUGCGGGACCAUGUCUGCGUCCCAUGUACAGGCGGUUCGAGACCCUCAAUCACCGUCUGCUGUUGCAUCUACAGGAUGAGCUGUGCGAGCUGGAGGAACAACUGCAUCGAUUGGACACUGCAGAUACCCAGACUCGGCGGCUACAGAACUGCAUCCUACCAGCAUCUCGCCGUGCCGAGGCUCUGUCUGGAGGUGAGCUUCAAUGGCACAAGACAGAUAUAUUGGGAAAGAUCGGCUUCAAGCUAGAACAGUACAACCGUGUUCUUUCGUCCCUCAAAUCGACAGAAUCUUUCACGAGGCCUACAAUGGCAGAUGUCCACGAGUAUCGCGGUUACCUGGCUACCCAUUCCCCCAUUGCAGAACCCGAAACCCGUUUCCUCGACACGAGCGAAGACCUCAUUUGCCUGGGCGAUCAAUCAGAAUCUGAUGGUGAUGAUGAAGACGCGGCCGCAACUCCCAUGCCCCGAAAAUACUCCAUCCUUUUUGCUCCCAAAACUCCCGCAGACUCUGCUGAGGCUGACUAUCUCGGAACGGACUUUCAGGAAGAUAACGUAAUCGCUCGUCCCUCGAUACCUAUCAACCUUGCCAUGGUGGUCGCUGUUGUAGUUCCGACCUUGACAUUCAGUGUGAUACCCGACUACAUAGGUCGGAUGGCUGUUGUACUCCUGGUCGGAACGGGUGUGCUGGGUGCACUUGUGCAAAGCCAGGCAGUUGGAACGCAUGCUACAACGGACUUCUGUAUCUGUGCCGGAGCGUACGGCGCCAUCAUGUCUCUGAUCGCAGGAGUCUACCGUUGA